UGCUAGGACAUAUAAACCGUCAAAUCUUCAUGUGUUGUACGUAGACUGAUUUGGUCAGUUGUGCGUUAUUGACCAAUAAUUCUGGUUUGACAACCUCCGCGUCUGUUUGUUUGAGCUGUCAAUGGGAUCUGUGCUUUAAAUUACUUAAAACAGCAGACUAACUCCACUGGCUUGAAGCCCAGACACUGCGGUGGCAAUCGCUCUCUGCUAUUUCUCUAUUUGAGAUAUACAAGGCUGUCAUGUUCAAUGAUUUUAUUCCAAGAAAACGAAUAUUUCGCUAACAGUUGAUAAAAUGGUGCAUUUCUCCGUGCCAAACACAGAAAGUGGAGUUCGCCUUUAAGAGCGGGAUGGGCGGGGGCGUGGCUCAACCCGAAACAAUCUCCCUGCUGCACUACUUCCUACAUGAGCCCGGCAUCUGGAGCGAGGGAGUCUCGGGGUUGCCUUCCGUGGCGUUUGACGGAGUGUUUACCUGCUAUUUCACUGGACAGCUUGCGAUCUGAGGGGAAGGCUGUCAACGUCUCCCUGAAUGUGAGUGCACCGUCCUUACGCUAUAGCCACUGGCCAAGAUGAGCGGAGAAGUGGUUUGCUGCGGCUGGUUAAGAAAAUCCCCGCCAGAAAAGAAGUUGAGGCGAUAUACCUGGAAGAAGCGUUGGUUCAUUCUCCGGAGUGGACGGAUGAGCGGUGACCCUGAUGUCCUGGAGUACUACAAAAAUGACCAUUCCAAAAAGCCAAUCCGGGUGAUAGACCUUCACUUCUGUGAGCAGGUCGACGCAGGGCUGACAUUCAAAAAGAAAGAGUUCCAAGACAGCUUUGUGUUUGAUAUCAAAACAAUCGAUCGUACGUUUUAUCUGGUGGCGGAGACGGAGGAGGAAAUGAACAAGUGGGUCCGAUCCAUUUGCCAAAUCUGUGGCUUUAAUCAAUCAGAUGAGAACACAGAUGUUUCCAGAAACGCAGCGGUUGGAUCGCAGGUUCCUCGUUCAUCUAUUGCUGACUUUGGAAUGAUUGGAGAACAUGGUGCCCAGGGCUCUGCACUCACCAGUCAGCCAUCUGUGUUCACAUUUGAAACCGCAAACCAGCUUCAGUCCGUUCUUUCCUCCAGUGUACCACAGGACUACCUCCUUCUCCACCAAUGUAUGAGCAGGAAGACUGAAAGUACUAGGAGUGCCAGUUUUUCUCAGUCUAUGCACUUCCCUGGCUCCGCAAUGAGGGAUGGAGAGACCACUGCACAAAGAUCACCACGGGGUUCCUCGCACUGUGUCAACGGGAUCAGUGGACAAAUUCAGGGUUUUCAUAGUUUACCAAAACCAGCAAAACAACAUAUGGAGCAAAGAGACACCAUUGCCUAUAACUUGCCUAGGAGUCUGGGGUCUGAUGAAGUAGUCAGAUUUGGCUCACCAGGGUUAGACAACGAUGAUGAAGCAGUGUACACAUACAAUACUCCCAAUAACACACUUUGUAGACGGCUUAGUGAGAUUUCCACGGACUCUAAUGAAAUUCCAUCCACACCUACGUCUGUCUACCAUAUUCCGAGGACAUUCACCUUUGACAAAAACCACAACGCUCUAUCCACAAACUCUGGUGAGUCAGCCUCUGCACCCCCUCCAAGGCCACCAAAACCUACACAGGUAGAUUGGAAGUCUGAAAGAAAUAGUCCUAAGCAGCAUUCUCGAAAUGGCAAGGGCAAGCAACCAACGUCAGCAGCAACAAUCCCCCGAAGGAACACCAUUCCAGCAGUGGAUAGCAACAGACUUCACAGAGCUUCUUCAUGUGAAUCAUACGACCGCCCCAGCCUUACUUCAAAUACUGAAGGGCGCUCUGUGGAGUCUGUUAAUGAUGGAUUCAGCUCUUACUUGAGAACAAAGUACAGAGAUUCCCAGUCAGAAAGUGUGGAAUCUGAGGACAACUAUGUACCAAUGAACCCAGGUUCCCUGUCCCCAUUUGUUACAACCGGCUUGGAAAGUCAUCAAGACGUCUACAUACCGAUGAGCCCUGGUCCCCACCACUUUGACUUUACCGGAUUCUCUUCAGCUACAUUUCCGACCCGCAAAGGAAGUACAGCUUCUUUCCCUUUCAAACCCAAUAUUCCUGCAGACUUGUUGCCACCUCCAGUCAACCGGAACCUCAAACCUGACAGAAAAUCCAAGGCAGGAACUUUGGAAGCAAGAAACCAUGCUGCCUUUGAUGAACUUCCCUUCAAGUCUCCCAUUACCAGAUCUUGGUCCAGGCCAGUAGCUGCUGUAAACCCCAUUUCUUCACAAAUUUGCCGCCCGUUGUCAACACAGAGUGUCACCAGCACUGACUCAGGAGACAGUGAAGAGAAUUAUGUUGCAAUGCAGAAUCCAAUGUCUACCUCUCCAAUGAAUGCUGUGACUGGCAGUCCUAUUACAAGGAAGACUGGAAACGUUGAUUAUUUAUCCUUGGAUUUUCAGCCCAGUUCUCCUGGUCCUCAUCGAAAGCCUUCCACAUCCUCUAUGACAUCAGAUGAGAAAGUGGACUACGUGCAGGUGGACAAGGAAAGGACCCAGGCUCUACAGAAUACCAUGCAGGAGUGGACCGACGUGAGGCAAUCCUGUGAGGCUCUCAAGAGCCUGAAGUAGCAAGGCAACUGUUAAAUAGUUGAAAGAUAAACUAUUUUCUUAAAACAUCUGGAUUUUCUGGUGCAAGUUAUGCCAGAAAUGGGAAAGAAAAGGAAUUAUGAAAUGCCUCAAAACUUUACAAGUGAGGUGUCUUCGCCUUUUGAUAAAAAGCAACCACUUUAUUCUACCUGUCCACAUCAGCAGGGUCAUUCUCAGAACAGUUCACGGGCAUUAGCUGAAGCAGGUUUCAUAGUCCUCAAGCAUUCGUAGCAACUUAUAUCCACUGUUGUCCUUUAUUAGAAUAAAAUACUUGUCUGCCUGAUUAGAAUACUGCAACACAAGGUGAAAUAACCAUUUCUUUUUGCAACACUGUAAAUGCCGGUUUGUGAAUCUAGUACUAGUGACAAAUCUAUGACCACUUAUCUGAAGAAUCCCAUGGAUUGUCAUGUUUGCUUACAAAAUUGAGUUGGGAUGCUUCCUACAUAAUUAUUUAAAGAAAUAAGAACACUCCGAAUCAUAUACUGUUAAUAAGUACCGAAGCAUCAUUGAAUUACUUCAGUGUGUGAUAAUUGUCUGAAACAAACUCUCAGAUGAAUUUUCAAAAUGCCACUUAAUCCUAAAACUCAAAGCAAAAAAGUGAACUGCAGAUGUUGGAAAUCUGAAAUAAAACACAAAAUGUUGGAAAUACUCAGUAGUUCAAGCAGCAUACAUUUAGAGAAAAACAUGUUAAUGUUUCCAGUGAACCUUUCAUCAGAGCAUAAAAUGGUGAUUGGUGAAAAUACAUUAAUUCUAAGGUAGAUUUAUUUAAAAUGACAAAGACCUGGUUAUGUAUGGUGCAAUUAUUAUUAUUGGAAGUGGUAAUGUUUGCAAACCCUUCCAAACAAACUGAAUGAUUUUCAUUUUUUUAUUGUUCUGAGGCAAAAAAACCAAAACAAAUAGAUUUGAAUUCACUCUA